AUGGAAUAUCACUACAGUAUGAUCUCAUCACCAUUCCUGGAACAACCUUGUUACGUGCAGCAUGUGUACGAAGAUCCGGAAGGUGGCAGCUCUCGUGAGAGGCGUAUUUAUGUCGAGAAAUCGAUUGCGGACGCAUUCGCGCUAUCACAAAAUCAAUGUGUUGCAGUGAAAAUUAUCGAAAAAAAGGAGGUUUUGUUGGAUAAUAUCGAGGUGACAAUCAAGGAACGUUUUGUAAGCCGCUCGGAUAUGUGGCGAUAUCGCAGUUGCUUGCUGGAUACUUGUGCCUACAGAGGAAAGAAAAUGGACUGGUUGUUGGCACCAAGCACUGUUUGUAAUUUAUGGGCAAAAGGUGAAAUGGUGAAAAGCGGCUACGUUUCGGAGGAUACAAGAGUGGUCUUUCGUUCAGCAAGUGCCACG